AUGCCAGAAAAUGCAAUCAAGAGAAAAUUGGUUAUUAUUGGAGAUGGUGCAUGCGGUAAGACAUCGCUAUUAUAUGUAUUUACCCUGGGCAAGUUUCCAGAAGAGUAUCAUCCUACAGUGUUCGAGAACUAUGUUACGGACUGCAGAGUAGAUGGAAUCAAAGUCUUACUAGGUCUAUGGGAUACAGCAGGUCAAGAAGAAUAUGAACGAUUAAGACCAUUUUCCUAUUCUAAGGCAGAUAUACUAUUGAUUGGGUUCGCUGUAGACGAUGUCGAAUCAUUAGAAAACGCAAGAAAUAAAUGGGCAACUGAAGCUCUUAGAUAUUGUCCUAAUGCUCCCAUAAUAUUGGUAGGCUUAAAGAAAGAUCUUAGAGAGAAAGGACUAAAUGAACAUGGUGAAAAGGUAGAAAUGGUUAAUCCAAAGGAUGCUCAAGAAGUAGCAAGGGCCAUCGGAGCAAAAAAAUAUAUGGAGUGUAGUGCAUUAACAGGUGAAGGAGUAGAUGAUGUCUUUGAAUUAGCAACGAGAACAAGUUUAUUAAUGACAGAUGAUCCUGGUACAAAAUGUUGUACGUUAUCAUGA